AAAACCAAUAUGUGCAUCUCUCUUCGAGACGAUAAUAGUGUAACAUGAAUCUCGGGAGCAGUUUGGGAUUUGGUCGUCAAACUUAAGUUGGUUUCUACUUUCUCCACAUAAAUCACCAUAGCAGGGGCCUUAAGAAGAUAGUAGGAUAGGAUUGUUGCUACAGCUUCCUUCAUUGUUUUCACCUGCGAUGACAUCAUCUGCCAUUGGCUAGGUCCGUGAUGCUCAAUGCUGUGUCUGAUUGCUUCUUCUCUCGCUCCUCACGUUUCCAUCGCAUUCUUCUUUUCAAACCUUUAAUAUCUUUCCACCAUUUCCACACUUGCGUCACUCACCACUAUGAACUUCUCGGUUAUUUCGAUUCUCUUAUUCAGCAAUCCCUUACUCUCCAACAAGCUCGCCAAAUCCAUUCCCAAAUCUUCGUCACGGAUGCGCAUCGUUCCCCCUUCUUGGCCUCCAGGCUCAUAUCCCUAUAUUCACGCUUUGGGCUUGUCUCUGAUGCACGCAAAGUGUUCAGUUUGGUCCCUUUUGACGAACUCCAGAACCUUCUUCUAUGGAAUUCCAAUAUGCGAAAGCUUGGAUUUUUGCCCGAUGGGUUUACUCUUCCUCUGGUAAUUCGAGCUUGUUCCAAUGUCGGUGCCACUGGUUUCUGCAAUAUUGUCCAUUGUCAUGUUUUGCAAAUGGGUUUUUGGAAUCAUCUUCAUGUGGUUAAUGAACUUUUGAGCAUGUAUGGGAAGCUUGGGAAAAUGGAAUAUGCGUGCCACCUGUUUGAUAGAAUGCUUGUGAGAAGCCUUGUCUCCUGGAAUACCAUGGUUUCAGGCUACGCUUUGAGUUGCGAUCCUGUUGGUGCUUCUAGGAUCUUUAAGAGGAUGGAAUUGGAAGGUUUGCAACCUAACUCUGUGACAUGGACUUCACUGUUGUCAAGCCAUGCUAGAUGUGGAUUUUAUGAUAAAACCCUUAAGUUGUUUAAGUUGAUGAGAACAAGGGGGGUUGAAAUCAGUGCUGAAGGAUUAGCUGUGGUGUUAUCUGUUUGUGCUGAUAUGGUUGAUGUUGACAGGGGCAGUGAAAUCCACGGGUAUGUUGUUAAAGGUGGAUAUGAAGAUUAUUUGUUUGUAAAGAAUGCACUGAUAGGUGGUUAUGGGAAGCAUGAGCAUCUUAAGGAUGCUCAUAAAGUGUUUUUUGAGAUGAAGGCCAGGAACCUAGUAAGCUGGAAUGCUUUAAUAUCAGCUUAUGCUGAAUCAGGAUUGUGUGAUGAGGCCUAUGCAUUGUUUUUGCAGAUGGAGAAAUUGGAUAGUUAUUUGCUAGUGAGGCCUAAUGUCAUAAGUUGGAGUGCAGUAAUAUGUGGCUUUGCUUCUAAGGGCCGUUGUGAGGAGUCACUUGAACUUUUUAGGCAAAUGCAGCUUUGCAGAGUAAUCGCCAAUUGUGUGACGAUUUCCAGUGUUUUAUCAGUUUGUGCAGAGUUAGCAGCAUUGAAUCUUGGCAGGGAGCUCCAUGGUUAUGCUAUUAGGAUUCAGAUGGAUGACAAUAUUUUGGUGGGAAAUGGUCUGAUUAACAUGUAUAUGAAGUGUGGUGGUUUCAAGGAAGGGCAUUUGGUAUUUGAUAAUAUUAAGGGUAGAGAUAUAAUCUCAUGGAAUUCAUUGAUUGGUGGUUAUGGAAUCCAUGGACUUGGCGAGAGAUCAUUAAGAACUUUUGAUGAGAUGCUUGAAGCUGGAAUGAAGCCAGAUAACAUUUCUUUUGUUGCUGUUCUAUCCGCUUGCAGCCAUGCUGGAUUAGUGGCUGCAGGUCGUGGCCUUUUCAAUCGGAUGGCCAGUGAAUUUGGGAUUAAACCUAAUGUAGAGCACUAUGCAUGCAUGGUUGAUCUCCUUGGUCGCGCUGGACUUCUGCAAGAAGCAAGCGACAUUGUUAGAAACAUGCCAAUUGAACCUAAUGACUGCGUUUGGGGAGCUCUUCUAAACUCAUGUAGAAUGCACAGAGACACAGACAUUGCAGAAGAAACAGAAUCAAACAUUCUGACCCUGAAGUCAGAAAUAACUGGCAGCUUCAUGCUGCUUUCCAAUAUUUAUGCUGCAAGUGGAAGAUUGGAGGAUUCAGCAAGGGUUAGGGUCUCAGCAAAAUCAAAAGGUGAGAAAGAAGCA